GAUAUUCUCAAACUUUUACAAUAUUGGUCUCUUCCCAUUACCUGUUCUUUUUCUAGUAGAAUCAAUAUGUAAGAAAAGUUGAUGUCCAACUCCAUAUAUCUAUCCCUUUCCUCCAUUGCACGUCUCGCCCCAUCAAAUAUAUACCUACAUAUUUAUCACUUGCACUUGUUAAAAAAUAACAGAAGUUGUUAACUAUUUUUUGGGGGGGGUCUAUUUUUAUGUGAGUUUUCAUCACUAUCUCAUUGGACCCUUCCUUCUUCCAAGUGCUUUAUUAACUGUCAUUACCUACCUUUUGUCUCCUUAGCCAUAAAUCCAUGGAGAGAUACACUUUGAACUUCACUCUCUUUUCUUUACAUAUUCUUCUCUUCACCCUCUUCUUGUGCAGUCCAACAGCAAGUUCACAAGAUGGUAUAUGUGCAUCGAUUUUCUGUGGGCAAGGAACAUGUAAGAAUAUUAAUGCUUCAUUUUUGGAUUUUGAAUGUGAGUGCAAUUCUGGUUGGAAGAAGAUACAGAUUGGUCCUUUGACCUUUCCCUCUUGUUUACUUCCCAAUUGCACAACUGAUUUACAAUGUGGUAAUGGAUCUCCACCACCACCUCCACCGCCUCCUCCUUCCACUGCUCUUCCUCCGCCACAACUAAAUUUGACAAACCCCUGCAACUUAAUUUGGUGUGCCGAUGGAACCUGCAUGCCUAAUGGAACAGGACAUAUAUGCCGGUGCAAUCAAGGCUCAGCAAAUUUAAUAAAUGAUACAAAAUUACCCUGUUUUCAAGAAUGCUACUUAGGAACCGAUUGCGAUGGUCUUGGCUUACUUCCACCAGGCCCAUCGGAACCACCGUCUCCUAAUUCAGGUUCGAAUAAUGGAUCACAACCACCACCACCACCGAGUACUUCUGACUCGGCUGGAAAUGGCCCAUCAAAAGUGUUACUUUCUUGGAGGAAUCUUGGUGCACUAGCCAUGAUAUUGCUAGCAGCAACUUCCACAACACUGGUUUAGAGACAUUUACGGGUCGAAUACACAGUUUCAGUUUCACCCAUGGACGAUUACUCAAAGAGACUCUAGCAUCUGAGCUUUUAAAAUUGGAACAUCAACACAGAAGUAAUCAAGACAGUUCGCUACUUUCCCAUUUAAAAUAGAGAAGUAUACAAUAAUUUCACCUUUUCUUUUUGUCACAGAUCGUGUAUACGCAGCUUGUUGAGAUUGACAUUACACAUGUAUUAUUAGUAAAUACUAGUAAGUACCAAAAGGAUUCUCAUUAA